AUGAGCAGUCGCAUCUUCGAUCCGAAAUGCGAGUUUAGAGGGACCGAGGAUUAUCAUCGCCACGAUGAAAUUGUACCGCACAUCGAAAAGGAGAAAUGCAUGGACAACGCCGAUAACUAUGCCUAUUUUGCCUACCAUGCUGCAGCCGGCAGCGAUCUGUCCUCUGUAUACCAACUCGUUUCACAUUCCCCCGAGCGUGAGUCCACUGGAAGCCAUAGCGGUUCAAAUUCCCCCGUCUAUGAGUACACUGGAAGCCAUAGCGGUUCAAAUUCGCCCGUCCGUGAGUACACUGGAAGCCAUAGCGGUUCAUAUUCCCCCGUCCGUCAGUACAAUGAAGACUAUGCACGUUCCAACACUGGUCCCCCGAAUUAUGGCAGCGGUUAUUGGUUUCCGGAUAAAUAG